UGCAUGAUGUUGGUAUUGUGUACUUGUAGCUGAUGUACAGCUUCCAAGUCUUCAGUACCAACUGGUAAUGACUGUGCACGGACAGAACCUAACCUACAGCUCAUAAAAAGGAUUUCUCUUUUAAUUCUGCUGCGUGACAAUCUUAAGUUUUAUCAGCAGCCAAUAUUCCAUAACUGUAUGAGAGCACUUUGUAGAGGCCUCCUGGUUCGGAAAGCUGGUGAACUAUUGUCUUACACUGUGAGCAAGGGUAUAGGUGUAGUUUUCCAAUACAGCUACGGAAUUCAUUGUUGAAAGCUGGUAUUUAUUUUCUCUGACAUUGGAGUGGAUACAGCUAUAGCAGAGCAGCAUCCAAACAACCCCCUUAUAAAUAGUUACAUUGAUUGUCUAUAUGGAGUAAGUGUACACAUCCUGAUACAUAUCAGUGUGUUGCUGUGAUGGUCAGUUCCAUUGAUGACCAGAGCAGACUGUGAAACAGAGGCUGUAGCAGAGAGGUCAGAUCAUAAGUUCAUUGUGUGAUAACACUGCCAUGGAGAGACCGUAUCAUAACAGUACAGCUGCUCACCAUGUUGAUCCACAACAUGCACGCAUCAUCGGAGGUAUAGGUGAGGCAACUGGAAGCCUGGGCUGCUGUGGCUGGAUACUCACUAUUCUUUCCAUCCUUGUUGUCAUGCUCACAAUGCCCUUUUCUGUCUUCUUCUGUCUUAAGGUCGUACAAGAGUUUGAAAGGGCAGUAAUAUUCCGGUUGGGCCGACUGUUAUCUGGAGGAGCUAAGGGGCCAGGUAUAUUUUUUGUACUUCCAUGCAUUGAGAGCUACACAAAGGUUGAUCUCAGAACAGUAUCAUUUGAUGUUCCCCCUCAGGAGAUUUUAACCAAAGACUCAGUGACUGUAUCAGUGGAUGCUGUUGUGUACUAUCGUGUCUCCAACCCAACAGUUUCAGUCGCCAAUGUGGAGAACGCCCACCAUGCCACGCGGCUCCUCGCACAGACCACGCUAAGAAACAUACUUGGCACAAAAAACAUGUCUGAAAUCCUAACUGAGAGAGAAACUAUCAGCAAUGCCAUGCAGGCUGUGUUAGAUGGUGCAACAGACAGGUGGGGAAUCAAGGUGGAACGGGUGGAAAUCAAAGAUGUCCGCCUCCCCAUACAGUUACAAAGAGCUAUGGCUGCUGAGGCAGAGGCAGCUAGAGAGGCUAGGGCAAAGGUGUUGGCUGCUGAAGGAGAGUACCGGGCAGCGGGAGCCCUGAAGGAGGCUGCCGAGAUCAUCAGCCAGAGUCCGGCUGCCCUACAGCUACGCUACCUACAGACACUCAACUCUAUAUCAGCUGAGAAGAAUUCUACCAUUAUCUUCCCUCUUCCUAUCGACUUGAUUGAUUCAUUCAUGAGACGGAAAUAAAACUUUGAUACAAAAUCCACCAGUAAAGUGUUAGUGAGGACAGGAAUAGAUGACAGUUGAUUAGGAUUCGGUAGACCUGGAGAGUUUUAGGAGACUACAUUAUGAUUCCCUAGACCUGGAGAGUUUUAGGAGACUACAUUAUGAUUCGGUAGACCUGGAGAGUUUAAGGUGACUACAUUGUGAGUGACUUGACCUCUAGAUCUUAUUUCAUGAUGACAGUAUUGAGCAAGUAAUUAUAUUAUUAAAAUCUAUUAUAAUAUUACUUGUACAAGUUAUAAACUAUUUUAUUUAAUAUGUAUUUUUACUU